CCGCCCCUUCAUAGGCCCUGAUUGUUCCCCAAAUCGAAUCCUCGCGUUUUCCCCCAAAUCGGCCAAACCCUAGCGAGGCUCCGUGCUGCAUCCAGCGCAAUGGGGCGGAGGGAGAUCAUGGACCCCGGCAGCGGCGGGCCGAAGAAGAUCCUGGACCCCGGCAGCGGCAAGCCGAUGGAGAUCAUAGGCCUCGGCAGCGGCAAGCUCGAGGACUAUCCCUGCGUGAGGCAGCUCCGUAACCGGCGGCUCCUCACCUACCUCUGGCUCCAGGGCUUCGACACCGCCUACGACAGCGUCGUGCAUGAGUCGGAUGUGCAGCAGAUGAGCAGGCUGCAUCUGCGGCAGCUGGUGGUCUGGGGCCAGUGGAGAGAAGCCGUCAAGUACAUAAACCGCUUCCUGCCGCCGGCCGACGACCGGGGCGUCGAGACCCGUUCCCUUCUCUUAUUCCUCCACACGCUCUGGUCUCUGGCCAACGUCGCCGCGUGCUCAGCGGGCGGCUUCGUCAACGACUCCGUACGCCGCGACCUUCACUUCCUGACGAACCUUUGCUGCCGCAACGUCAAGCUCAACUCCAUCCUCCAAUACACGCUCCACUCACCGCAAUUCACGGCGUCCCUGGACUGGAAACUGGUGAGGGAGAAGGCAUCGUUGAUUGCCGAUGACUGGGCUCUUGAGACUCCUGAGUUAAGACGCAUGUUGCAAUUACCCGGUGGCCGGGGUCUCGCGCAGGACUUGCUUCCCAUCGGCCCCCUUCGUCCAAGGCGCCACCGGAGGCAACAAUUCCUGCGGCCAAAGCCGGUGGCCAUUGCCAAGGGCUAUCUCAACAGGAGGAGGAGCCUGCCAUCUUCAAGCCCACUUUAUGGAUUGCCCGACAAUGCAAUCAGCCGGGUGGCAGAUCCUAUUGGUAAAACUAGUCUCUGA